AUGCGUGCCACGCUUUCGCUGCUGCUGCUGCUGCUGCUGCCGCCACCGCCGCUGCCGCUCUGGGGCUCAGUGUGCCAGCAUGUCACUGCAUCGGAGCUAAAUGUGACAGAACAUGAGCCAAGCUUGCCCAUCUUGAGGACUCUUGAUACACCUACUGCAACCGAGAUGUUUUCAUCAGGAGCUGAUUAUGAAGAGGCUGAAGAGGAAAAUGUAAAGGAGGUUAUUGCACCUCAGUUCUUUGUGGGUGAUUCGGGUAGAGGUGAAAUAAAGAAACCAGCAAAAUUUGUGAGUGGCAAAAAGAGCCCUAAUAAACCAAAAAUAAGGGGAAAUAAUGAGAAGAAAAAUAGAAAGAAAAAAUCUCCAUGUGAAGGAAAGUUUAAAAACUUCUGUGUUCAUGGUGAAUGCAAAUAUAUCAAAGAUAUCCAAGCACCCACAUGCAAAUGCCAUCAAGAUUACUUUGGUGAACGUUGCAUUGAACAGUUCUUGAAGACACAGAGAAGCAAUGAUGCAGCAGGUCACUCAACUACAGUGCUCAUGGUGCAUUCAACCACAGUACUCGUGAAAGCAGCUGUUGGACUCUCAGUUCUCAGCUUCAUCGUCAUUGUAAUCAUUGUCAUAGUGCAAAAAAAAUGUCCCAAGUAUGAUGAAAAAGAGGAAAGGAAAAAGCUCCAACAAGACAAUGCAAGUUCCAGUAAUGGUGUUUAA